GUCGUCGUCGUCCAUCUUGAAUCUCAACAAAAGUAAAACGCUGUUGUGUGUUAUAUGUGAAAUAAUUUUAAUUUUUAAAUAAUAUAAAGUAUAAUCACAAAAAUGGCUGACACCACAGCUGAAGCAGCAGCUCCAGAAGCAGCAGCAGCUCCAACAGGACCCCCAAACAGAGGAGGUAUGGGUAUGGGUGGAGGUAGAGGGAUGGGCAUGGGUAUGGGUAGAGGAAGAGGUGGUCCUGGUGGACCUGGCAGAGGUGGACCAGGAGGUCCAGGUGGCCGAGGAGGAUUCAGGGGACGAGGUGGACCUGGAGGACCAGGACGUGGUGGUCCAAUGAUGAGAGGACGUGGAGGUCCAAGGGGAGCUCCAAGAGGACGAUUUCCAGGAGGCGGCCCAGGAGAAGGUGGUAUGGGAGGUAGAGGAGGUGGUCGUGGAAUGGGAAGAGGUGGUCCAGGAGGUUUUAGAGGACGUGGUGCCCCUGGAGGGGGCAGAGGAGGCCCUGGUGGUGGACCAGGAGGUCGUGGAAUGGGUAGAGGAGGUCCAGGUGGUUUUAGAGGACGUGGUGGCCCAGGAGGUGGCAGGGGAGGACCUGGUGGUCCAGGCGGACCAGGUGGACCAGGACAAAAAAGAGCACCAGGACAGUUUGGUGGGCAAGGAGGACCAGGUGGAAUUAAAAGACCUAGGUUCGAAAAUGGACAGGGAGCUAAUGGAUUCCAAGGUGGCCAGCAAUCAUACUCAAAUCAGUAUGGUGGUAGUGGUCAGUAUGGAGGAUACAAUCAAUAUGGAGGAGGGCAAAGUGGUUAUGAAAGUGGUGGUUACUCCACGCAAUAUUCCAAUCCAUCUUCCAACUAUGGUAGUGGAGGCGGUGAUUAUUCUGGAUACUCACAGCAAGGAACUGAUCAAUAUGGUGGGGGUUACAACACAGGUGCACAGGGUGGUUACAAUAGUCAAGGUUAUGAUGAUAUGAGUGGAGGAUAUGCACAGCAAGGUGGUUAUGGGAGAAAUGAAUCAUACAACUACCAAUGACAAACCCAAGUACAAUGAAAACACAUUUUGGCUAUGUAGGAAACUAAAUACUAACUUUCAGCAUCUUUUACUUGUGUUAGGUUGAAUUUGUUUGGAACGCCAAAGGGAAUUGAUAUAGAAGCAAGUGGAACUAAUAUGAAGAUGCGAAAAUAGAGGAGAAUAUAAUGGCUGUUUCAGGAAGAUUUGAACUUCAAGAUGGGACAGACCUGAGACAGGGAACAAUUUAUGUUCUAAAAAUGAAAAAUAAAGAUUUAA